CUUCCCUCUCUCUCUCUCUCUCUCCCCCCCCCCUCCCCCGGCACGUGAUACAGGCGGAAAGGAGGCGGGGACAAGAUGGCGGUGUGCAUCGCCGUGAUCGCCAAGGAGAACUACCCCCUCUACAUCCGGAGUGUUCCCACAGAAAAUGAGCUCAAGUUCCACUACACUGUGCACACUUCCCUGGAUGUCGUGGAUGAGAAGAUCUCUGCCAUGGGCAAGGCUAUGGUAGAUCAGAGGGAGCUCUAUUUAGGGCUCCUCUACCCAACUGAAGACUACAAAGUAUAUGGCUACGUGACAAACUCGAAGGUGAAGUUUGUCAUGGUGGUGGAUUCUUCAAACACAGCACUUCGGGACAACGAGAUCCGCAGUAUGUUCCGAAAGCUGCAUAAUUCCUACACAGACAUAAUGUGCAACCCCUUUUAUAACCCAGGAGACCGUAUCCAUUCCAGGGCUUUUGAUAACAUGGUGAACUCCAUGAUGAUGCAGGUGUGCUGAGGCUCUGCCCAGUCUGAUCCAGGCAUUGAGAACAUUCCCUGUGUGCAGGAGUGUGCCUACAGCAUGAUGUAUAUAUUGGUUUCAUUGUGUAAUAUUUUCAGUCUAUGUAAAAUAAACCUGACACCUGCAAGCUC